UUCUCACGAUGAACAUCAGAUUUGUGUGUUUUUGUUUGCUUCUGCAUUCGUUGCAGGUGUUGGCGCAGAGAAAUUUUGGUACCCCAUUUUUGACAGGUGGGCAAUUGUGCCAUCGUUGGAAAUGCAUAAACGACAAGCUAGGUUUACCAAACCAUCUGCCACCUCGAGAACAAUUCGAUAUUGCACUCAGAUCGUUGCUGCCUGAAGGUGCCUGGCAAGAUGUUGCUGAACCAGUCAUCAACGCGUGCUACAACUCCAGGACCAAGACGUAUAGUAACACGUGUCCUGGACAGGCGUUGCUGCAUUGUGUGGUGGAUCACUUGUAUGAGGUUAAGAAAAACUCCAGUUUGAGACGAUCGGAUUCUUGCUCGCCAGUAACAUCUUAUGCCGGAUUGAAAUAUAUGUUCUCUCAAAGCCGCUAUGCAGAAUUGGAGAAAAAUCUACUAAGUAUCAAUGGUCCACAAUGGACGAUAAAACACUAUUUCGGGUCUAAGUGCUGUGACCUGCCGCCGCUGUUUAAUGCCACCGUGAUGAACGAAUGUGACUUCGAGUCCGUUGUACAUUAUUACGAGCAUACAUCAAGGAACAAUGGUGUGCCGGCCAGCAAUAUUCAGGUGAACGCUAGACAUUUAUCACCACUGGCUGUUAAUAUUGUGAAUCCUGAUGAUAUGAGUCCUCAAGAAAUCGAUCCAUUGGAUUGUUGCGACAUGAGCACCUUCAUAGAACCCUCGUGGAGACAGGAUUGCAACUUCCGAUUACAAUGGGACAAAGUAAACAGGUUGACCAUCCAGAAUCAGACGGUGACCACCACACCGACUCCGACCUCCACUAUAGCACCACCACUGAAUUAUGACAUUCGGGUGGUACCACUCGCUUGUGAGAAGCAGACUUGCGUUUUCAACAAACUGUCUGUCCUAUCUGACACCGGCGCUGUCGACCUGGACGCAUACACCAAAUUCCUGGAUAACUUCACGACCACACACACGAAGUGGUCGAAGGCUAAAGCAAGAGUUAUCACCGAGUGUCUCCACAAACCUCUAUUAGGUUAUGAAGGGAAGUGCGAGAUUAAUAAGAUUUUAAGUUGCACUUUGGACGUACUUUCUGAGAAUUGUCCUAAUUCCAACAGAAAGACAGAUCCGUGCAAGUCAUCAACAGGGAAUAUGACAUGUCAAAUAAGCUUAUCCAAAUACAGGCCUAAGUACCGUCGUUCGAUUUGCAAUCUGCCAAAGUUGGUGCCUGAUUACAUAUUGGAGGACUGCGGCCUGACGACUCUUACUGAACAAGAGUUGGUAGCGAUACGGACUCCGAGUAAAUCUGAUGACUAUUGGACAAACGCUAGAUGUCAGGACUCAACAGAAUCCACGAAAUGCUUGAUGGAGAAGAUGAACGUGAUCAACAAAUUUGGCUUCAUGGACUACUACAGAAUGAAGGAGAGGAUCCGCACGGCGAGCCAGGGUCCGUGGUAUUACCUGAGCAACUUGUACACCAGCUCCUUCUUCAACACGGCCAUGUAUUUGCAGCACUGCAACUCUCCAAAGAAAUUGUUAAAUGUUAUCGACACUAUGUUAAUGACAUGCCCAAUAUCAAAACGCCGUUCGACUCCACAAUGUGAGCGCAUGUUCGCUGACACCAUAUACUCAAUACCGCUCGACCGCCAGAAAACGGACGAGAAACUCCAUCAGACCUUAGCUCAUUUCCCCCACGUAUUCUUACCACCAGCGACCAGACCUCUAGCCAGACCCUUCUUCCAACUUUCUAAUAAUCAUAAAAUACGUUAUCACGCCAAGCCACAAUACAACUACGGGUUACUAUCCUCUGGCAAUGAGCCUACAGUGAGAACUAUAGAUCUCACUCAUAAAACUAGUAACAAAUCGUUGGUUUUGCUACCAUUGUAUUUGCAAAACAGUAACCGUUUGCGCAAUAAGGAUGAGCCUCAGGCCUUACCGGUUAGGGAUGGGCUGUUCAGAAAUGGGCCUUUGCCUUUACCUACGAAGUAGUUUUUUUAAUAAUUAAGCUGUUGGAGGAAUUUUUGUAGAAGAAAAUAUAUAUUUUUGUUUUAGGGCUUUAAUACAAUGGCUGUUUUUUUAUAACUAAGUACUUAUAGAUUUCAUAUUUUACACCUUUUUAGAAUAUAUUAUAUUAUAAGGAUAUCUUCUUUUAUUUGAAUAGGAAAUAUAAAAACUAUUGU